AGACAUCAGCAUCAUCUUGGACAUUCAAGAACCAUCAACUGCGAAUCUCGUUUGAUUUGCGCCAAAGCUUUGAAACACGACCACAACAAAACCUCGGGGACAUCUCAAAUACCGCCACCAUGAAGCUCUACUACAUUGGUAUCUACAAAAACACCGAGCAGCCUGCGGUGCAGCUCUGCGGUGCCCACGAGCUUAGCGACUUUUCCAGAUUCACACGAGACCAAUACAAGAACUUCAUGACCAUGAUCAGCAGGACUGUCGCAGAGAGGACGAAGCCUGGCCAGAGGCAAAGUGUUGAGGAGCAAGAUUACAUUAUCCACGCCUAUGCCCGCUCCGAGGGUGUCUGCGGUGUCGUCAUCACCAAGGACUACCCUCCUAUCGCCGCCCACAGUGUCCUUUCCAAGCUCAUGGACCAGUUCCUCUCGGAGAAGCCGAUCGCCACGAUAAACGCCGCCAGGAACGACGGCGACAUCCCUUUCCCGGCCAUCGAGCAGUACCUCCGCGACUACCAGGAUGCCAACAACGCGAGCAGCAUCGCAAAGAUCCAGCAGGAGCUCGACGAGACCAAGAUUGUCCUACACAAGGCUAUUGAUAGCGUUCUGCAACGAGGCGAGAAGCUCGACGACCUGGUUGCCAAGAGUUCCGACUUGAGUGCGCAGAGCAAGAUGUUCUACCAGAGUGCGAAGAAGCAAAACUCGUGCUGUCUGGUUAUGUAAAGGUCAACCGUCAGAGACCAACCACCGCGGCUGUCUUCGCCUCCAGCCAGCCGCAUGAUAUAUACCAUCCCUCGCGACGUUCCCUCCUACCGAAAUACACAGGAGCGCCUGGCCCUUAGUCUCGUAUAAGAUACAGCCAGUUGUCUCGUCUAAUUCAGUUCUUGGUUUCCGCGCAGGUCGCAGUCUGGCCAAUGACGACCCAAGGCCUUACUGUAGCCGGUUUGGACAUAUGAAAGCUACUCACCUUG